CGGUUCCACGCAUUACAUAAACAACCUGGCCCCAGCUCCAAAGGUUUAAUUUUUCGCAUUAGAGGAAUGCUGGGAGCAGCAAGAGGAGGCAUUUGGAAGCAGCAGCCACCUCGCCUGUUCAGCCUCCAUCGCCUCCUCGCUCUCUCUCCUCGCAUGGCGGCGACUCCUCCUCCCGCCUCUCCUUCUAGGGUUUCCGCCUCUUCCUUCUCCGCCGGGUCGCCGCCGCCGCCGCCGAAGCGCGUGGGCACCCACAACGGCAGCUUCCACUGCGACGAGGCCCUCGGCUGCUUCAUGAUUCGCCUCACCAACAAGUUCUCCAACGCCGAAAUCGUCCGCACCAGAGACCCCCAGAUGCUGGAGGGUCUAGAUGCUGUGCUUGAUGUUGGAGGUGUGUAUGAUCCGAGUAGAGACCGGUAUGAUCAUCACCAGAAAGGUUUUGAGGAGGUAUUUGGGCAUGGGUUUUCCACCAAGCUCAGCAGUGCUGGUUUGGUUUACAAGCAUUUUGGAAAGGAGAUAAUAGCUAAGGAGCUUCAGGUCGAUGAAAACCAUCCAGAUGUGCAGCGGCUGUUUCUUGCUGUGUAUAAGAGCUUCAUGGAGGCAAUUGAUGCUAUUGACAACGGAAUAAAUCGGUAUGACACUGACCAGCCUCCAAGAUAUGUGAAUAACACGCAUUUGUCUUCAAGAGUCGGAAGACUGAAUCUGGACUGGAUUGAUCCUGAUCAAUCUUCGGAGAAGGAGAAUGAGGCAUUUCUGCGAGCCAUGUGCUUGGCUGGCGGCGAAUUUUUAGAUAGCGUACGAUUUCAUGCAAGGUCGUGGUUACCAGCAAGGUCCAUUGUAAUGGAGUGUCUUGCAGCUAGAUAUAGUAUUGAUUCAAGUGGAGAAAUUAUGGUUUUAGAUCGAUUUUGUCCUUGGAAGCUUCAUUUGUUUGAGCUGGAGGAGGAGAUGAAAAUUGAACCUUCCAUCAAAUAUGUGCUUUAUCAGGAUGACCGGAGCAAACACUGGCGGGUGCAGGCAGUUGCAGUGGCUCCCGACAGAUUCGAAAGCCGGAAGGCUCUUCUAGCUCAGUGGCGUGGUCUGAGAGAUGACGAGCUCUCCAAAGAGUCGGGCAUCCCCGGCUGUGUAUUCGUCCACAUGAGCGGGUUCAUUGGCGGGAAUCAAACUUAUGAGGGCGCUCUCGCGAUGGCCAGAGGCGGUCUAAAGCUCUAAGCGGGAAAAGAGAUCGGAUUCACCGUUUCGUGGGACGGGACGCGAGCUUUUUACGGCGUCGUGUUAGCAACUCGUGCGUAUUCAUUCGCGAUUUUCAUUCUGUCAACAUGCCCUGUAACUUUAGAUGAGACUCAUUCGAUUGAAUUGCUUACUUCGUAAGGGUUAAUUAUUACAGAAGAAGAGCAGAAUUUUUGCGAGGGAAUUUAUGUAAUGUCAAGUAGAGAUUUGGCUCUAAAUUCAGCUUUUACACAGCAUGCCGCAGAGACUUGCUUACUUCUUUUCA